UCACUCUACAAGUACUUAAAUUCAGGAUGGUAAGCUUAUCGCCAGGAUGAUUGUUGGAGCUCAGGCCACCUUCUCCAAGUACCGUCCCUUCAAGACUUCAUAAUAUAUAAUCUCGCCAGUAUACGGAUAGCUACUACUUGAACGGCCAUUACUAUUGAGUUCACAAUGCCUAACGUCUCGCAGCCGGCCUUAGCCGGAUUAUCAGCACUCGAGAGCUUACCGGUGGAAAUUAUCCAAGAGAUCUUCCUUCACUGCCUCGAAGUCAACCUCCCGCGAGCCUCCAUACACAUUGCCCGGGCUCUCUCCAACACGGUCCUAUACACCUGGGUCAUUCGCUAUGUCUUCAGCAGCACCAACGAAAGCGCAAGACAAGAUUUCUUUACACCUGAUUUUCUUCCCUGGCCUCUUGAUGUUUUCGCUAUCUCUCCCAAUGAGAGGAGGAACCUGCAAAACGUCAUCCUCAGUUGUCGCUGGUGUACACUACCUCUGAUCCGGAAAUGCCAGAGGGACUACAUCGAGCACACAAUCCGCCGCAAGUGUCUACAGCUAGACUUAGCGCCUGAAGACCGUCAGACCCUCAUCAGUAUUGGCGAGCAAUUCGACAACGAUCAACAUCUCACACCUGAUGACACGCUCCAUGCCCAUCGCGGCAAAGGCGACCUGAUCCUCAAAGCCAAAAUCGCAAAGUCGGAUGUGGACUGCAAAGUUGCAGUGUGGUUCGAUGCUGGCGCAGUCCAGAUCCGUCCAUCGAGCGAGAUCUACCAGGAGACUGACAUCUUCCGGCUACCAUGCUUCGCAGCCAACCUACCAGUCCAGGUCCCGGACAAGCUACUUUUUCCUCCGUGGACCGACUCUAAACUGGACUUCCUCGAGCUGCUCUCGCCGGACGGCUAUCUUGACGAGGAUCCCGAGCACCCGCGGGCGAAGCGGAUCCUCCGACAGACGAUUCGAGACCGUGACCUCGCAACGUUCAAGCGAUUGCUGAGCAUGCGGAUUCGUGUGCCGUGGUACAAGUACCCCAUUCGGUGGCCGGUCCUGCCAAAUCACUUCUAUGUGGCUUUAAAGUAUGCGCGCGAGGUGGAGGACCCUUUCGUCCGGUUGCUGGUGAGUCAGCGAUGGGAGGAUAUCCCAUCUGACGACUUUCAGCUCAAGGAUCAAUUGAUGGCUAAACUUGGGACAGGCAUCUCGGGAUAAAUUGCCAGGAUGACCUCAGUCCGCAGGAAAUACACGGUAUACAACUACGGGGUACGCCCGAUUUACUUCGACAUUUUAUUAAUUUGGUGAAAGAUUUCAUUGCUCGAUAUGGAGACACAGGAUAUCAGGCACAGCAAAUAAGAUGAGAAGGAAACGUAGCAGCAAUCCAGGGG